ACGGAUCUGAACUAUAUCACCUGGGCCAUCAGACAUGCCACCAGCCGGAUCUGCCCGCCCUCCGAUAGGAUUGAAAUCCUCGAAGAGCAAACAACUACACUCCGGAGAACAGUAGAUACACUGAAACACCAAAUCGAGGCGCAGACAAACAUGAUCACCAGUAUGCAUUCGGCGAUCCACGCGCUCCUCAAUAAACAACCACAACCGCAGCAACCGCAGCAACCGCAGCAACUGCAACAACAGCAACAACAGCAACAACAGCGAAAACCACAACAACCGCAAGGACAGAGAAUGCCCCCUCCAGCGGUCCCACAAACAGUUCCCCAAGCAGCGCCACAGGCAGCUCCUCAGGCCCCCCUACCCGCACCCCUCCAACAAGCCCUACCUCGCGGAUGGAAGGCAGGCACCUGGGCCGCCGUGGCCUCGGCACCCGGUCCCGCCCAAGGAAAUUUCCAGGUUGUCGAGAAAAGAAAGAAGCCCGCAAAGCCAAAAGCGGACCCCCUCUUCAAACCAGAGUACAUAAAAAUAAACAGGGAGAUCAUUGUUGAAACCACCGCCCCAUCCGACGUCAACCCCUCUGAGAUCAGGACAAUGGUCAAUGCAAGAAUUCAGGACGAAUCCUGCCACUUCAUUUCAGCAAGGAGAUGUAACGGGGGUCUCUUCUAA